AUGUCGACUAGACACUUCACCCAUGACGCAGAAAAUCUCGUUUUGGACUCUCUAGAGAGCUUGACACUUACCAAUCCUACUUUGCGGUUUGAUAAGAUCAAUAAGGCAAUAUUCCUCGCAGACCACAAUCCUGCAGUCGAUGUCACUUUGAUUGCAGGUGGCGGUGCGGGCCAUGAGCCAGCACAUUCCGGGUAUGUAGGUGAAGGGCUCCUGAUAGCAGCCAUCUCUGGCUCCAUCUUUGCAUCACCAAAUGUCUCUCAAAUCGUCAAUACUAUCGCCCGCGUCGGUGGGAAAGCGGGGACCAUUCUCGUCAUCAUGAACUACACAGGAGACAUUUUUCAUUUCCAUCUGGCUGCCGAGAAAGCUAGAGCAAACUAUGGAGUGAAAGUCGAGAUUAUCGUGGUCGGUGAUGAUGUCUCUGUUGGCCGAGAGAAAAGCGGAAAGGUUGGAAGGAGGGGCCUAGCGGGAACUGUCCUGGUUAACAAAAUAUUGGGUGCGAUGAACAAGAAGCCAGCAGUAUCUUUUGAGGAACUCACCAGCAUGGGAAGGCUCGUGGCUUCCAACCUGGUCACAGUUGGAGCUUCACUAGGUCAUGUGCAUAUUCCAGGUCGGGAAAUUGCAAAUGGCUUCUCUGACCCAAAGAGUGAACAACUCGAACUUGGUAUGGGUAUUCACAAUGAAUCUGGGUCUCGGAUUUUGAGUCCCCAGCCUGAUUUGCAUUCUUUGAUCGAAAUGAUGCUUGACCAGCUUUUGAGUAUGAAUGAUCCAGAUCGUGCUUUUGUGGAUAUGCAGGAUGCGGAAGAGAUUGUGCUUCUUGUGAACAAUCUUGGAGGCGUUUCGGUCCUAGAACUGGGAGCGAUCACGAAAGGUGUUGUGGUAGCAUUGAAACUUCGCAAUAUCACGAUAUCUAGAGUUCUUUCGGGGACUUUCAUGACCAGUCUCGAUGGUCCGGGCUUUAGCAUAACUUUGCUUAAAGCUACGUCAGAAAUAGUCGAAUAUAUUGAUGCCCCAACAAGUGCAGUCGGUUGGUGUGGGCCUUCAUUUGCUCCCUCUGUAUGGGAAAACCAGAGCUCACGCCAAGUCUCUGUCUUGAAUGAACCCAAAGCCCUGGAAGUCACAAUCGAGAGCGGAUUCAAAUUGGACGUUUCUGCUUUCAAAAGCAAAGUCUCCCAGGCCUGCAAGAACGUUAUUGCUGCCGAACCGCGUAUAACGCAUUCGGACACCAUUGUUGGAGAUGGGGAUUGCGGGACAACUCUUGCGCGAGGGGCCGAAGCAGUACUGGCUUUUCUCGACUCCAAAGACGUGAAUCCGGAUGCUCUCAUCACCCUGCUCCAUCUCGCCAAUAUCAUAGAAGACAACAUGGAUGGCACAUCUGGUGCAAUCUACAGUAUCUUCUUCGCGGGCUUAGCUUCAUCACUACGGAUACUGUCAUCUUCUCUUCAUACUCUUCACUCCGAAACAUGGGGUCAUGCAGCCAAGGCAGCGCUGUCACAGCUACAGUUGGCGACACCCGCGAGAAAGGGCGACCGAACGCUGAUGGAUGCGCUGGAACCUUUCAUCGAGAGUUUUGCAAGUGGCGAGGGGCUGGAAAAGGCGGUUGCAAAGGCAAAGUCGGGGGUAGAGGCUACGAAAGGGAUGAAAGCUGCGUUUGGGAGAGCGGUCUAUGUUGAAGAGACGGCAUGGGCUAUUGUCCCUGACCCAGGUGCUGAAGGGGUUCUUUGCUUGCUAGAAGGUCUUGCGCAAGGGUUAUAA